AUGGUUCUUCCUCACCAAACUCCCUAUGUCACACCCCACAUCCUCCACAGAAACUAUGCCCAGGAGUACGAUGCAGACGCUUUCGUAGUCAUAGGUCGUGAUCUUGAGUACUUCUCCCAGGCGGGCUUUGACAUGGACAAGAUCCAUCUCAAACGCAACGCACCCGUCGCUCAGCUCUACGAAGACGCCGUCAGAAACGAAGGCGCUAUCAUCUCGUCCUCGGGAGCACUCAUCAACUUUUCGGGCAAGAAGACUGGCAGAAGUCCCAAGGACAAGCGAAUCGUUUACGAAGAAACGAGCAAGGAUGAUAUUUGGUGGGGCUCCGUAAACAUCAAGAUGGACGAACACACUUUUGAAAUCAACCGUGAACGUGCAAUCGAUUACCUGAAUACCCGCGAUAACGUUUACGUUUUCGACGGCUUCGCCGGCUGGGACCCAAAAUACCGUAUUAAGGUCCGAGUAAUCUGUGCCAGGGCUUACCAUGCUCUUUUCAUGAACAACAUGCUUAUCCGUCCUACCGAAGAGGAGCUCGCAAACUUUGGUGAACCCGAUUUCAUCAUUUACAAUGCCGGCCAGUUCCCUGCCAAUCGGUUUACCAAGGGCAUGAGCUCGACGACGUCCGUCGAGAUCAACUUCAAGCGGAUGGAAAUGGUCAUCCUCGGAACAGAGUACGCUGGAGAGAUGAAGAAGGGCGUCUUCUCGGUGAUGCACUAUCUUCAGCCUGUGAAGUUCGGCCAGCUGUCACUCCACUCUUCGGCAAAUGUGGGUAUGGACAAGGGUGACGUCACACUCUUCUUUGGUCUUUCCGGAACAGGGAAGACGACUCUAUCCGCGGACCCACACCGACUUCUCAUCGGCGACGACGAACACGUCUGGUCCGACACUGGUGUGUUUAACAUCGAAGGUGGCUGCUAUGCCAAGUGCAUAAACCUUUCCGCGGAAAAGGAACCAGAGAUUUACAAUGCCAUCCGUUUCGGUUCGAUCCUUGAGAACGUCGUGUAUAACCCUGCUACGCGUGUCCCAGACUAUGACGAUGUUGGCAUUACGGAGAACACUCGCUGUGCAUACCCCAUCGAGUAUAUCCCCAAUGCGAAAAUUCCGUGCAUGGUUGAUCAGCAGCCGAGUAACAUUAUUAUGCUCACGUGCGACGCAUUUGGUGUUCUGCCGCCAGUGAGCAAGUUGACGCCUGACCAGGCCAGCUAUCACUUCCUCGCGGGAUACACUUCGAAAACUCCUGGGACUGAAGAUGGUGUUUUGGAGCCUAUUCCUACUUUUUCGACUUGCUACAGUGCACCUUUCAUUGUCCUACACCCUGGACGUUAUGCCGAGAUGUUGGCAGACCGGAUGUCGAAGCAUAAUGUUAACUGCUGGUUGAUCAACACCGGAUGGACAGGUGGCAAAUUUGGCACGGGUAAGCGAUGCCCACUCGCAUACACCCGCCGCAUCGUCGAUGCUGUCCAUUCUGGCGAGCUCCUCAAAGCCGAUUUCGAGUCGUUUGAUGUAUUCGGACUGUCGAUUCCCACUGGGCUGGAAGGUGUCCCUCGUGAGGUGCUCAACCCGAGCUUGGCGUGGGCGGACAAGGAAGCAUUUGGGAGGGAGGUGAGGAAGCUUGCUGGUAUGUUCCAGAAGGCGUUUAGAUUGUACGAGGGCGACGUCCAGGAGAGCGUUAGGAUGGCUGGUCCCAAGGUCUGAUGAUGGCAUUAGCGGACUAAAUGUAAAGACGGGGAAGGAAUUUGAACAACUGAAUUGUUGAAGGAGCUGGGUAGAUAUAGGGUGGCGUUAGAGGGGCAUUAUGUCAAUGGUCGAUCGUCAAGUGUUUUGUUUCCCUCGAGUAUUUUUUGAUUUGUUUUUAUAACUGUCUUAUCUCCACAGUAGAAUUGUAGGCCAGGGAAAUAUGUAUCGAGAUAAUUAAUAAACGUUGUACAAAUAGAUAUCUUUGGAUGAAUAAGUGCGCAUCUAACAACUGUAACUUGGGCACUGCCAAAACUAUUGAUAGUGAAUUCAGACAGACUUGCCAAUAAAGCCAAAAGCAGGUGUAUCUCAGAGUAUUUAACACUAUGGUAUGCUAUAUGGUCCAGUGAUACAUUUCUCAGGCCCAGCACCUCCUUCCCUUCUUCAUAUUCGGCCUUACGCAUGUCGCUGUGCCACCACCAGGUCCUUUGGCCUUGACUGCGUACCAAAGGUGUUCCCUCGUCGAUGGAGCCGCGGCGAGUUUGUCGGUACUCUCUUCAACAUCUAUAUAACAUACUCGACAAGCAUGGCUGGUAUCUUGAUGAAAGGCAGGGAAUAUUAAUGAUUAGCCUUGAACUGACGAAACCUGGAUAGCGAUAGCAAGAGUAUAAUGACCGAUGCGACUGUGAGUGACUACCGGUCAAAUACGUCAACAAUCUCAUUCAGUAGAAACCAAGUCGAAAGGACUGUAACCGCAUAUGACUGAUAAUGAUAAUCGUACUUCAUGAGCCGGUGGUAGUGUCUUGUAAAACCUCUAUGUGAG